ACCUCAAAGCAAACAUUCGCUUCACCACAAAUCCCACUACAGGGCCAGUUCCAUCAGGCUUGUGUCCCAGCAGUGACGUCACCACCUCCAUUCACCCUCCCAGUAACCCGUUGUUCUCUUCUUCUACCCCCACAGCUCUUACCGCCUGGACAAAAUCAACAGUGACAUGCGUAACUACAUCACCAAUUUCGCUGCAGACUUAAGUCAGAGCUACCACUUGCAAGCCGCCAGGGACAUGCACCCGAGCAUCGCCCUGGAUCCCUCCGCCAACUACAACUCCCCCAAGUUUCGCUCCAGGAACCAGAGCUACAUGCGGGCCGUCAGCACCCUGAGUCAGGCCAGCUGUGUGAGCCAAGUGAGCCAGGUGAGUGAAACGGAAAUGAACGGCCAGUUCGAGUCGGUGUGCGAGUCGGUGUUCAGUGAGGUCGAAUCCCAGGCCAUGGAGGCCCUGGACCUGCCCGGCUGCUUCAGAACCCGCAGCCACAGCUACCUGCGAGCCAUCCAGGCCGGUUACUCCCAGGACGACGACUGCAUCCCCCCCAUGGGCUCCACGGUCACCUCCACCAUCAGGGCGACCACAGAUAGAAAUUAUGUGCGGGAAGACUCUUGUUUACCCGACCAGGCCAGUGUACUUGAGGAUUUGGCAGGCGCGGCCCCUUUGGCUCAUGACGAUCUAGGCUGCCCCAUCAGAAGAGACAGGCUUUACCAACAAGAUAACAUGGGCGCUACGGCCAAACCUCUGUCCGGACCGCCAGUUUCUCCGAGCCUCUUCAGAUGCCCCAGAUCUAAUGCCCCAUCACCAAAAGCCAUCAAGGCCAGUAUCAAAGAGUCAGCUACCUUGGCUGCAGCCAUCAGCAUGCAGUGGAAGGAAGAGGUCUCGGCCAUGCGUCGAGAGCUGGCCGAUCUAAGGAGGGACCUCUGUGUGGAGCUCCGUGCUUUCAACAGUAAUUUCAACACUUUCACGCAGCAUUACAACACUUGGUCUCCCCAAGGUGGCAACUUGGCUGCAGGAGCUGGGCGAGGUUUUGGUGGACGUGUCGGGGCAGGAACAGGGACGGCCCCGAGGGCAGGAGCAGGGUUGGGUGAAGGGGUGGGAGGACUUGGAACCUCAACGGCAGAUGGAGGCACUGGAUGCACCGGGGGAGCUAGAGAGAAGAAACCCCAAAUAUCCAAAGUGUCUGUGGGGACCCAGUCCAGAAGCAAGGUCCUGGUCCGGCAAAGCACCGCAGAUGCAGCCGUCAAUUGUCCAGAGGAGAAGGAAGAAAAGAAAGGUGCCCGCCGAAAUCUACCAAAACAGCUCUCUAUGGAUCCAAGCAUUCUUGCCUUUCCGCAGUCUAUGUAUGUCGAAAGUGCCAUACCACUUUCUUUGGGUCCGAUACUUCCAGGGUCCGUUAGGGCCGCAGAACCAGAGACAAUUGAUUUGACUGCUGUGCCCUCUAAAGCUAAGCCAGAAAAGAAACUAGAGCUAACCGAUGAUGCAACCGUGGGUUCAUCUGGUACGGUUGUUAAUGAGCCAGUCGCCACACAUGGUACAGUGCCAGUUACCCCAGAAGCAGCCUUAGAGUGCCCGCCGUAUUCUGUAACACUGGAACAAGAAGUUAUAGUAACUCCACAGCUAAUAAGUACAGGGCCAGCUAAUGAUUCCUAUUCGGAUAUCGAACCAUCUCACCUUGAUUACAUGAGAUCCACAGACUCUGAUCUAAUUGAAAAAGGUAGGAUACAGCUACCGAAUCCAGUUCCCGUAGUUAUUGUGUCUCCACCUGAGGAACAUGAUGAUGAAAUCAUGUCAGAUUCCGAGCCUCUGGAUCCCAUCCCUGUGGAGAAACAUGAUCUAGUCUCUCAAGACCCUGCUGCCGUGUCUUUGCCAUAUUCAGGAUUAGAUGAUACAGAUCCUGCAGACCCAACAGAAUUGGAAUCCAAACCAUCAGACUUAGCAAUAGUGCCCUCACCUGACCCUGUCAGUCAAGGCCCAUUUUCAUUAUCUGAUAUACCCACACUUGAUCUUGUUACUGCUCCAUCAUGUAAUUUAGAGACUGACAUCAUAUGUCCAUCCAUUGUGGUGUCAGAGUACCUUGACAAUGAUUCUCCUACAAGUCUAACUGAAAGUGACACAGAUCCAGAUCCCAUUAUAACCUUCCCAGAUUAUCAUCCUGACUCUCCCUCAGAGCAAAUGGCAUCAGCAACUGCCUUUACUUUUGUAGAAACUCAACCCAACACUGACCCGGAGCCAGAGUGGCCACCCCUUCCUGAACCCCUUGAUACAACCCCUAUAUAUCAUGCUGAUCUAGUUCACUUUGACUUAGUCAUGUUGACUUCCCUAGAUCAAGAUGAUCUUGACUCCGUGUUCAUGGACCCCGAACCAGAUCCGUUUGACCUGAGCGUUGACUAUCCAUCUAUUACAGAGGAUUUCUUCUACCAAUCACAUUGUUCAAGUUCACCCCUACCCACUGUGGACCCUGCCACAGUGUGCCCCUUGGAUCCUUCUCUGUCAACAGAACCUGUCCGUCUGGGUCCAGCUGUAGAGCAUCGCUUAGCUCACACGCUUCAGGAAGUAGCCUCAGAAUUACAAGAGAACCCACAACCAAAGGUCACUGUCACAAUAUCCCCUCCCAGUUCAGUAUCUCCUGAUACAUCAUUGGAAAUGGACUUUGGACCGACAAGCCCAGUCCCGGAUCCCCUUGAACCAGACACAGAUUCAGCACCACCGGAUCUUGAGGACAUACCCUCAGUGGACCUUGCACCCAAAGACCCAGAGAAUAAGAUUGCAGAAACACUGGAGUGUAUAUCUGAAUCCCAGGAGUAUGGGGAACCGUUGGAAAUAAAGGGCGCAGGUAGUCCGGAAACAUCCUCAAGCGAGCAGGCCUUCCUGUGGUGCAGGUGGCAGAAGAGAGGCCAAAAACUAGAAAUGAUGCACAGGAGCGCCAGCGUGGAGCUGUGGAGCGGGAGAUACGAGUACAACAGUGCAGAAAUCUCAUACGUGUCGCUCACUCUGUGAGCUCAUACCUCAUUUUUAGCAGACAAAAUGUAGCUCAAAGUUUAUUUAUAGCUCACGGAUUGUGGCUGUCAGUACGCUGUAGCGCACCGCACGGAUCUAAAUGCCAUGUGGGCAUUGGCAUUCCAAGCAAGGACCUCCUCAUAUAAAAACCGGUAUUAUUCCAUGAGAAAAAAAAGCACCAAUGUCAAGGAUUGCAUCAUGCAGCAAGAAUGCGACGAACCCACGGUGGUGAUAAAUUAACGGAACAGCCCGGCUUUCAGGACAUUUUUGAAAGCACUAUGACUUUUUCUGAAGCUGCUGUCACCAUUGAUGUGAAUCAUCUUCCUGGACGGUUCUGCCUUUUUAAAUCCAUGGAUACGCUAACAAUGAAUGUUCUUGUUUUGUCCAUGUAUUACAUCAAAGACAUUUUACAUCUACUUUAAGAGACUCUGUUGUAAACUACACUGUUGUUUAAUGUAUACAAGGUCCUGAUAAAAAACUCUCUGUUUAUUGUCACUCUCGAAUUGAGUGAAGUAAAUCUUUGCAGUUAUCAUAUAACUAUAAGAACUCUCUGUUUACUAUGUGAGCUGUUGGAUGGACUAUAAAGGGAAAGGGUGUGAUGCUGUGAAAUUUUGCACAAGCCUUGGCUGAGCUGGAAUAUUGUACUGUUAACAGAAAGUAAAAUGUAACUCCAGUUAUUCAAAUGUGACAAACCAGUACAGUUAUGGUAUGUAGCCUCUUUGUACACGCACCAGACAUACAGCCUAUACACAUACACACACACACACACAACCUUUCUGGACAAUAAUUAUGAGGUUAGAUUUAUCUGGAAAAUACACAUUACAUUAAUAACAGGCCUUGUUGCGAGGUGAUUUGUUAAUUGAUAUCAUCUCAAUGCUCAGGAAUCACAGACUAACAGUCUAGUGCUGGGACACAGGUGGAAAGACGCGUUGACUUGAACUCCUUCGUGAGAAUAGGUGCACAACAUGUGGGUACUUUUAACACGUGUGACACUGAAUGAUGAAAAUGAUGUUGUAAUGGCGCAUGAGAGACGGCCUCAAUAUUUUGUGCAUUUCGUUUACAGUGCAUCAUUGUAAUUAUUUGGUUUCUGUUCAUUGUUUCGUUUUCGACAGUCAGUCAGUGCGACGAAAGGAGCCGACAUGCUCCAGAAUACUCAGACUUCUGCUACCAGCAAUGAACAACUCAAAAGCCAGGAAAAUCACAAGAUGUAUCUGCGCUAUCUGUCCGAUUAAAUGGGCUCUAUAUAGAAUCGCCCACUGAAGUCUGUGCUCUAAUAAAAGUGUGCUGGAACAAAAAGAAUCUUUCAGCUGAACAUCAGUGAGCCGCCAGAAAAGGAUUUUCCUGUGUGCCGUCUCCCGAAAUUGAAUAUGUGCAGAACACUUGGAAGUUUGAUGAAUUGACUGAAUCUGAAAGGUUUUCAAAGGGGUUGGAAGUUAAUUAGGUUGCAUUGUUGUAUUACUUUUGUUCAUUGGCACCAAAUGCACCACUUGCGUCCAUUUUUAACUUUUCAUUUGCAACCUAAUUUCUUUUCCAAAACUACCACAUAACUGAUCCUCUACUGCAGUGGACUUCUGUUUAUUCAUUAGAUAUAAUCCAGAUAUUGGAAAUACUGCUUCAGGACAGUCACACAAUAAUAUAUAUGCUUAAAAAUCCUUUUGGCGCAGAUG